GGCAGAGACGCGGUAAAAGUUUCGACCUGGAUGACUUCCCGGUCCCUUCCAUGAUUGCCAUGGCAACGCUCCAGGUCGGUGUUGCGUUAUGGUUGCGCACGGGAUUUGCCCCCUCGCACAUCAAAGGGACGUCGGGAAAGGGGUGUUCCCUUGGCCAUGGGGAGGAGGGGGUUCGGAUAUAUAAAGGUGGGACCGGCUGGGUUCUGACUGCAAGGCAAAGGCUCUAAAGGAAGCGGGUCAGUGAAGCCGAAAGAGCCCGGAUACCUCUUGGAUUUAACUGACUCACCUUCAACCCGCUUCGACUUAUUACUUCUGUGAUGCACUGGAUUUGAUCUUGAGUAGAUUUUUAUUUGCGAUUUUGAGGUCGAACAAAGUUUUUUUUUUUUUCAAUUAGACACUCGGAUUUCAGUCGUAAGAUGUGGUUGAUUCGCGCAUCCAUCGGCAUCAUGGUGGUUCUGUGCGCCGGCGCAGCGCAGAGCCCCUGGCAGGAGAGCACCGUGAUCCCAGUUCGACUCGACCCCACAGCCCGAACUGACCCGGGCAGGACCCUGUCCCCGGAGGAGCAAGAAAAGGAGUCGGAGAUGAGGGUGUACAGGCUGGACGUAUUUGACAAAGAACUGAUCCUGCAACUUGAGCCAGACCACACUUUCCUAGCUCCGGGGUUUGUCUUCCACAUUGUGGGCGCACCCCCGACCCAGGAGCCCACUGAGGAGGGCUGCUUCUUCUCUGGAACCGUGAACGGAGAGGAGCACUCGGCUGCAGCUCUCAAUCUGUGCCACGGACUCAGAGGUGGAUUCUAUUUGGAUGGGGAAGAGUUCUUCAUCCAGCCCAAGAACUCUAGUGGUCCCUCGGGGCCCGAUCAGGAGGACGGGGUCCACUUGAUCCGGCGCAGAGGUCGCGGAGGCUUGGCCGAGGAGCGCAACUCCAAGUGCGGGGUUAAUGAGGACGAGGAGAGAGCGCCAAGUAACCUGGAGAAGCGAAGCAAACCCGCAGGAGCCCGCUCUCAGCAGCCCGUCCACCAGAGGACGAAGCGUUUCGUCUCCACCCCUCGCUUCCUGGAGAUCAUGAUAGUGGCCGACCAGUCAAUGGCGGAGUUUCAUGGUGCCGGUCUCAAACCUUACCUUCUGACCAUCAUGGCUGUGGCCUCCCGGCUCUAUCGCCACCCCAGCAUCCUCAACUCCAUCAGUCUGUCAGUGGUCAAGCUUUUGGUGGUCUACGAGGAAGAGAGGGGACCCCAGGUUUCAUCUAAUGCAGCGAUGACGCUACGCAACUUCUGCCAGUGGCAGCGGCAGCACAACCCACAGAGUGACCGACACCCGGAGCACUAUGACACUGCCAUGCUUUUCACCAGGACUGACCUGUGCGGAGCCCACUCUUGUGACACUCUCGGAAUGGCAGAUGUCGGCACAGUUUGUGACCCUGACAGAAGCUGCUCGAUCAUUGAAGAUGAUGGGCUUCAAGCCGCGUUUACAGUGGCGCAUGAACUUGGCCAUGUCUUCAACAUGCCUCAUGAUGAUGCACAGCUGUGCUCGGGGAUUAAUGGCGUCCACUGGGGUUCCCACAUGAUGGCAUCUACCCUCUCCAACUUGGACCAACAGCAGCCAUGGUCCCCCUGCUCCGCCCUCAUGAUCACCACGUUUUUGGAUAACGGUCAUGGUCAGUGCCUGCUGGACAAGCCAGUCAAGCCUCAGUCUCUCCCACUGUCCCUGCCUGGCACAGUUUACGAUGCCGACCAUCAGUGCCGCCUGACCUUUGGUGAUGACUCCCAGCACUGCCCGGACCUGAGCACAACUUGUGCGGCGUUGUGGUGCACAGUGACCACAUCCAAUGGCUUGCUGGUAUGCCAGACAAAAAACUCUCCCUGGGCUGAUGGUACACCAUGUGGGCAUGAUAGUUACUGCCUGGCUGGACAGUGUCUGACAAAGAGCCAAGCUGCCAAACACCAGACGCCUGUCAAUGGUGGAUGGGGAGUGUGGGGACCCUGGGGCGACUGCUCUCGCACUUGCGGUGGUGGGGUGCAGUAUUCUUUCCGCGCCUGUGACAAUCCUUUGCCCAAAAAUGGUGGCAAAUACUGCGAGGGCAAGAGGAUCCAGUAUCGUUCCUGUAACACAGAAGUCUGCCCAGAUACUAAUGGUUUGUCGUUCCGCGAGGAGCAGUGUCUGGCUCACAAUGACAUGUCAGCCCAAGUGUCCCUCGGGUCCGGAGAGGGUGUCGAGUGGGUGCCCAAGUACGCUGGCGUUUCACCCAAAGACCGCUGCAAGUUGGUGUGCCGAGCUAAAGGAACUGGAUACUUCUUUGUUCUGAAAUCAAAGGUGGCCGACGGUACACCCUGCAGUCCAGAUUCCACCUCAGUCUGUGUCCAAGGUCAAUGCGUUAAAGCUGGUUGUGAUCGCGUCAUUGGCUCCAACCUGCGCUUUGACAAGUGUGGAGUGUGUGGUGGAGAUGGCGCCACUUGUAAAAAAGUGUCAGGCUCUCUGGAGCGGGCUAGGCCUGGGUACCAAGAUGUUGUGACCAUUCCUGCUGGCGCCACCCAUCUUGAUGUCAAGCAACGUGCCCCUGGCAGCAGUCGUCAUGACAGCAGUUACCUCGCCGUGCGCAAACUGGAUGGAACCUAUCUGUUAAAUGGCGACUACAAGCUCAUGACGAUGGAGACAGACAUUGCUCUGAAAGGGGCUUUAUUACGUUAUAGCGGAUCCUCCGCGACUCUUGAGCGUCUUCGUAGUUUUGCCCCUCUUCCCGAGCCUCUUACCAUCCAAGUAUUGUCAGUAGGUGAAGCACCAAGACCACGGGUGAAGUACAGCUACUUUGCUCCGAGGCCAUUGACUUCGUCUUCCGGCGGCAACUCUGGACGUCGGCAGUCAAUCAAUGCCAUCCGCGAGGUCGGUGGAGCGGAAUGGACUCUCAGAGAAUGGGGUCCUUGUUCCCAGACAUGCGGAGGAGGAACACAGCAGAGAGAGGUGGUGUGUCUGGACUCCCAAGGCCGACCCUCCAAAGACUGUCCAGAGGAACUUCGUCCGCUAGCCACAAGGUCAUGCGCGUCCCAGGCAUGCCCCACCUGGCUCCUCGGAGAAUGGUCCCAAUGCUCCAAGACCUGUGACCGCGGCUACCGUAAACGCCAACUGCGCUGUAUUGGCCACGAUGGCCGCACAUUGUCGAACGAGAGCUGUGACACCAAAGACCGGCCACGACCCCUACUGGAACUGUGCUACCAGGGUGCCUGUUAAGGACUGAAGUCUCCUGAUCUUUCACCAUACUUCAGAUGUAAACUCUGGCCAUCGGUGCCUCAUCUUUGCAACAAAGCAAGUGAACGUUUACAUCCAUUUAAGGUCAAUCCGACUGCCUUUUGGUGAAGUUGCUGCCUGACAGAGAAUCAGAGUGGCGCUGCCAUCCAGUGGCAGUAUCAGUGACUGCACACACCAAGCUGCCUUACAAGGCGUCAAACACCAGUAGAGCCUCAUUUCGUCUUCCGUAUGAAUACAACUGGUUAGUUUGAGCGCAUGCUGCUUAUCACACCAAUGUCACGCAUGCAGGUGCGGUGUGAUUCCACGUGUGUAUCUGGUUUAGCUAUACUUACACUAUACUUGCCAGUCCCCACGAGGUUAAGCCUCAAUUUGGUAAUGGUGACUUCAUCAUAAAUAGGUCAUUAUGAUUGGGUUUUGGAAGUUUUAGCCAUUCGUUUUGGAUGGUUAGGUUAAGGGUGAGAGGCUGAGUAAAGCAUUAUGUCAAUGAGUGGUCCUCACAAAGAACGUCUGUGUGUGUGCGUGUGUGUGCAAAUUUGAAAUGCAUUUAUUUGUGUUUGUCCAAGCUGGGCUGGACAGAUUUGGGAGAGGUUAUUGCAGAGUAUAUAAAGAAACAAAACAGAUAUUCUACUUACUCAGCCCAUCAGGUAUGGAAAAUAGAUAAGAGAAGCCAGUGUUUUUUUGUGCAAAAUUGCCAGUCCAUGUUUAUUUAUCACAAACCUGUAGCACUUCCUGUUUGUUGUUAUUGCCAGCGGCACAUUUUACCACCCAUUUUUUUUUCUCUAGACGCCUCAGUACUGUUUGUCCUGUAGCCAUAUCCUGCCCUCUUCACAUCAACGAGGGACCUUUCUGACGACCAAAGAGUGUGUGUGACCAAGCGGUUGUAAACGUGUUUGUGUGUGUGUGUGUGUGUGUGGAGGCCUAAAGAGGGACUUGUCUCCUGCUACUACUUCAUAAGUAAGUCUCUCCCGCCUUCUGCGAAGGUAUUUUGUUUUUAAUGUUUUUUUUUUCUUUCUCUCUCUCUCAUUUGUACAGAAUAUGCAAACCUUAUUUAUUUUUGUACAGCCUUGUUAAAUAUAAUCAUGUGGCUUUUUAAUAUAAUUUUUCUAUUGUCAUUGAGAUCACAGAAGGAAGCGGAAUAUGCAGAGUAUUUAUACAGUGUCAUAUAUUUGGUCGUAGG